AUGCCAAUAUGGAGUGCUCGAGUUUUUGCAACCUUGAUCAUCUCCACCUCUCUUCACUUCCUCCUCGUAUCCGCAGAUGUACAUAGGCACCAAAACCCCGGGCCAAAACACCCUAGAGGCGGAAGCAAUGCCAAACCUGAGCCAAACCCACCGCCCAUUCAGAGCAACCACAAGUUGUCUCCUGAGGCACAACAAUACCUCACGGCCCACAACUUGGUCCGCCAGCAAAUGCACGUAUUGCCCUUGCAAUGGGACGAAAACCUAGCAAAUUUCGCGCACGGCUGGGCCGUACAGCGCAUCAAUGAUUGCAAACCACACCACCAUUCAGGCAGUCAAUAUGGAGAAAACACCCUAUGGGCACAACACGACGAGUUGUCCCCGGAUGGAGUGGUGAAAAUAUGGUCCGACGAGAAAAAGAACUAUGACCAUAGCAGGGUUGUGUGCACCUGCCCACCUAAACAUCCAAAAUGCAUGUGCGGCCACUACACGCAGAUUGUCUGGGCCACUACUCGCCGGGUAGGGUGUGGCAAUGUCACAUGCAACAACGAUAAAGGCAUACUUGUGGUUUGUUCAUAUGAUCCGCCUGGAAAUUUUGUCAAUUUGAAUCCGUUGAUCGGCAACCCUAGUGAUGCAACACAUAACGAGUCAUGUUCGCCUCCUCCAUCUCCUCUUCAGCCUACAACUGCGCCAUUGAAUUCAUCUCUGCCUUCAACUUCGGUGCCACAUACUCAUCAAUCACAUUCAUCAAGUCCAAUUCGAAAGCAUUUAGCACCAAAGGAGCCUGAUCCCCACAACACUCACAUUACACGCAACCACCAUGUUGGUCAUGCACGGCCUGGACAUGCCCGGUAG